AUGUUUCGAUCAGCAGGGCAAGCUUUAUCCAUCGGUUUGUGCAUAGCUUUUGCUGCACUCGGUCUAGGGCUUACUGUAUUUGCGCUUUUUUCAGCUGCUUGGCAAAUUGUCGAACUUCGAGAGUACCAUAUCGAACAUCAGCAUGGUAUUUGGCUGUACUGUGUUAGAAGCGCGAAAUAUUCUGUAUCGCCCGGCACAAUCUACGAUGAGGCUCCGUUGCAUUGUGCAUACAAGUUUGAUGACAGCGCCACUCAAAUAAUUGAUGAUACUUUAGCAAGAGUAGACGCGGAAGGUGCUGCUCGAGAAGCGGAACAUCAUCGUUUUUCAGGAUGGCAUCAAACGAUCCUCGUCUUCAUUCUGCUUUCGCAGAUUUUGGGGUUUGUUGGAUUAUGUACAGCGUGCUGCGUUAUUCGCUCUCAUGCAGCAGCUGUUACUUUGCCGACGUCUCUUUUUAUAUCCUUGUUGUUAUCAUUGAUCGCUGCUGGGAUUUUCUUCCUUACCGCUAUGAGAGUAGAUAUUCGGUUUGCACAGGCCCAUGUUGGAACAUAUGAAAAUGGAACAAGCACACAAUAUUUUUUUCAGCAACAAAUCGGAUAUGCUUUCUAUGUUCACCUCCUUGGAACUCUGUUCAUUGGUGUAGCAUUCAUCAUAUCGCUUUGCGCAGUCUAUAAAACUGUUACACAACGUAGAAGUUCAGCUGCGUUGAGGUCUGCGACUCUUUCAACUCCUAUAUUUAGUUGCAGCCCAUCGUAUAAACCAGAGACGUCUGGACCACCUUUACUUGAAAAGUAUGCAGCCCCGACUCGACCGUCACCACAAGCACCUUACGUGAGAGAGGUAAAAUCUUUUUUACAACUGAAAAUAUUGAAUUUGUACUUCUUUGUGACAAUCGCACGUGUGGACAAAGGCGGAGCGGAAAAAGAUUCUGCAGCUGUGCAAAAAAAGAAAAAAAAAAAUUGGUUUGUACUGGAAUUGAAACUUUUAAUUCCAGGGAACAAUGAAGUUUCCGGGACUCUAUGUGGUGUUUUUGAUUUUAUCAAUUGUAGCAACAGUGAUCGGCCUUUGUUUGUCUAUAUUUUCUGUGUAUUCCCCUGCAUGGCAGGUUGUAGAGCUGCGGGAAUUUCAAGCCGAACAUCAGAUAUGCGUCACUUAACCGCUGCAUCAGGAAUAUACGACGAAGCCGAACUACACUGCAUGUACAAGUUCGACGACAGUGCUCAAAGAGCUAUAUUGGAAGGUAUGGGCGAUCAUGAUGCCGCAGCACUGGAACGAGAGCGCCAUCUUUUUUCAGGAUGGCACAAAUUACUUCUUUCACUGAUUAUUAUCUCAGAAAUCAUAAUGCUCAGUGGGACGUGUAUAGCUGUUUGUGUUUUGAGAUACUAUCCUGCCGUGUACAUAUACGGUGUUCUGCUAUUCGCUGCUCUCCUUUUAUCACUGCUUUCUGACGGGGUUUUUUUCAUCGAAGCUAUGAGGGUGGACGUUCGUUUUGCCCAAGGCGCUGUAGGGACUUACGAGCAGCAAAUUGGAUUUGCCUUUUAUCUUCACAUCCUCAGUACAGCCUUAAUUGGUGGUGCGGUCGGUUCAAUUAUCCUUACAGUAUGCACUCACAGACGGCGAUAUCGCGGAACGAGUUCAUGCUGCGAAAUGCCACCUACAGAAAAGAGGCCACUGAAUCUUGUCAAAGCAAAAGUUGAGUGA